AAAGGAGCUAAGGGAAAUGGAGCAAAGCUGCUCUCAAAGAAAAGUCACAAAAACGUUUCUUUCUCUCUGCCCUAUUCGCCACCGUCUCUUAUCGCGGAAACACCGAUCCUCAUUCAUACCCUAACCAACCGCACGAAGCUUUCUCCCUCUCUGAAACGUGCUGGCGACCGUAUGUUCAUUCCCAUUUUUCCAUUGACGAAAGCAAAACAACAAAUCUUUGCAUUCUUCCAUUGACGAAAACAAAGCAUCAUCACCACCGCGAUGCCUGAACCUCACACUUCACAACAAUGCAUAAUCCUAAAUCUGCAGCGUAUUUCCUCAUAGCACGUGCCAAGUCUCUUCAACUUCGCCACCAUAACUAUCGCUUUCUCACUUCAACUUCACGCUCACUCUUAUUCUCCUCGCCUCGCUUCUUUUCUGGAUAUUACAAUAUCGAACAGUUCUCGGAUGAUGAAUAUGAUUGUGAUUUUGAGAAUCACCAGGCAUCUUCUACGGUCGCCAAUGUGGAUGAGUGGAAAUGGAAACUCAGUAUGUUGUUACGGAACGAAAAGGAUCAAGAGAUUGUAUCAAGAGACAAAAGAGAUAGGAGAGACUAUGAACAAAUCGCUAACCUUGCCAAAAGAAUGGGACUUUACAGUGAGGUGUUUGGAAAAGUAGUUGUUGCAAGCAAGGUGCCUCUUCCUAACUACCGACCAGAUUUGGAUGACAAACGUCCACAAAGAGAGGUGGUGAUUCCACUUAGUUUGCAACGGAGGGUGGAAGGUUUGGUGCAGGAGUAUCUUGAUAGACUACAACUAAAUUCCGAAAAGACAAUUGACUCUCUGGAUAAUGUGAAUUCCAAAAAUCAGGUUAAAGAUAUAGACAUGGAUGAAAAUGCCAAUUCUUUUGUGGAUGAAUCUGUUAUGGAAAAGGUGCUCCAGAAGAGGAGUUUGAGGAUGCGUAAUAUGCAAAGAUCUUGGCAGGAAUCACCUGAAGGCAAGAAGAUGCUGGAAUUCCGGAAGUCUCUACCAGCAUUUAGGGAGAAGGAAGGUUUACUUCAAGCUAUAGCACGUAAUCAGGUUAUAGUUAUAUCCGGAGAGACUGGAUGUGGUAAAACUACUCAACUUCCUCAGUAUAUAUUAGAGUCAGAGAUAGAGUCCGGCCGCGGGGCAUUUUGCAGUAUUAUUUGCACACAGCCUCGAAGGAUAUCUGCUAUGGCAGUGUCUGAGAGAGUGUCAGCAGAGAGAGGAGAGUCUCUGGGUGAAACAGUUGGUUUCAAAGUUCGGUUAGAAGGAAUGAGAGGGAAAAAUACCCAUCUGCUAUUUUGUACUAGUGGUAUAUUACUCCGAAGGUUGCUGAGUGAUCGAAACCUGAGUGGUAUAACCCAUGUGUUUGUGGAUGAAAUUCACGAGCGAGGCAUGAAUGAAGACUUCUUACUGAUUGUGUUGAAGGAUCUUCUUCCACGUCGUCGUGAUUUAAGAUUGGUAUUGAUGAGUGCCACUUUGAAUGCUGAGCUUUUUUCAAAUUAUUUUGGAGGUGCACCGACAUUUCAUAUCCCGGGUUUCACCUAUCCUGUAAGAGCUCACUUUUUAGAAGAUGUUUUGGAAUUUACUGGAUAUAAGUUGACAUCUUUCAACCAAGUUGAUGAUUAUGGUCAAGAUAAAUUGUGGAAAACACAAAAGCAGCUUGCACCACGGAAGAGGAAAAACCAGAUCACUGCUCUUGUUGACGAUGCUCUUUCUAAAUCAAGUUUUGAGAACUACAGUCCCAAGACACGCGAUUCCUUAUCUUCAUGGGCUCCUGACUGCAUAGGAUUUAAUCUCAUUGAGGCUGUUCUCUGCCAUAUAUGUCGGAAGGAACGACCAGGUGCCGUCUUAGUAUUUAUGACUGGGUGGGAGGAUAUAAGUUGUUUAAGAGAUCAACUUAAAGCACACCCUCUUUUAGGAGAUCCGAACAGGGUUCUGCUUCAAACAUGCCAUGGUUCAAUGGUAACUUCUGAACAGAAACUCAUCUUUGAUAAACCACCUCCAAAUGUAAGGAAAAUAGUAAUUGCUACAAAUAUGGCAGAGGCAAGUAUUACGAUCAAUGACAUAGUUUUUGUCAUAGACUGUGGAAAGGCAAAAGAGACUACUUAUGAUGCUUUGAAUAACACACCAUGUCUACUACCUUCUUGGAUAUCACAAGCAUCUGCACGGCAGAGAAGAGGCAGAGCUGGUCGUGUGCAGCCAGGAGAAUGCUACCACCUUUACCCUAAAUGUGUUUAUGAAGCCUUUUCUGAAUAUCAACUUCCGGAACUUUUGAGAACACCCUUGAACUCUCUUUGCUUGCAAAUAAAAAGUUUGCAGGUUGAGAGCAUUGGAGAAUUCCUAUCAUCAGCUUUGCAGGCACCAGAGCCACGUACCGUAAGCAUCAUUGCUCUUCAAUUGUAUAUUUGUUCCAAUUAAAAGUUCUACAAAAACUCAUGAUUUACCCUCUCAUAUAUGGUGUGGUGGGGGUUGAGAGUGAGUGACUCCGGUAUGUGCUUUGCUUUUGUCCUAAUUAACUACGUAACCAAUUUCUUAACUAGCACUUCAUAUGCUACACAUCUUCACUAGCACUUCACAUUUAUUCAUUUAGGCCUAAGUUGUAGCUGGACUCAACUCAAAGACUUAGGUGCAAUAAAAAAAGUGGAAGAUAAGUAAUUCCAAUCUAUGUAGUUAAUCUCGGAUAGCGGUGCGUAGCGCCGACCCUAAAAAAUGCUAUAGCGGAAUAUAGCGGAAAAU